CACCUUCAGUUUCCAUUUCGUCACUAUCAUCCCAACAUCGUUUCAGUACUUCAAUCAAUAAUCAUUCCAUAAGAAAUUGCCAAAUAUGUCUAUCCCAAUUCCCGCAUUUGGAGCUGUCCUUGGGCCAAUAAUCGGUGCCAUCAUCAAGGGUGUCAACGCAAUCAACGAUGCAGAACAUGCAAAGCAGGAGAAAUUCACCCAAACUACCGUGGAAGCGCUCCGUCUCCGCUACCCGGCCUACAAUGUUCUGAUUGUCCACCCGAAACACAGUCGCAAUCUUGUCAACGAGCACCACGACCACAAGGAGCUGCCAAUUACCCCGCCGCGAACAGUAGGCUACGAAAUCUAUGUCUUUGAGUCUGGCACCUUCACUCUGGAAGGCGACGGAGGCUUCAUCAACUGGUGUUUCUCGGGAAGAUAUACUCGCGAAGGCGCCAACCGUGUGCACUUCAGCAAAGUUCCAAGUCAAAUCCCUCCGAUCCCCUCUCCACCAGAGCCAACUCCACCACCACCUGCUGCAAAUCCAGUCCGGUUGCACCCAGAUGGCAUUUACUUGGUCAACUGUAGGCGUGGACAGGAAAUUUCAAGCGGCGUCGCUUACUACAGAAACCUUCGUAAUGGAGGGAAUUUUGGGCAAAUACCAGAUGACUAUGUUGAUGUGACCAAAGGCAGCUUCACAAAUUGGGAGCAGACUGGAACAGUAACUUUCGGCAACGGUACGCGCUUCCGCUGGAGUAUCAUCAAUGAUGCUCAAGCCAAAGCAAAUUUCACUCGGGUUGGAGUCGCGGACAACACGUUCGUGGCUUUCAAUUUGUACAAGGAUACCCAAGCGGUGCUUUACGAGGUUGACGGAUGGAAGUGCCAGGCUAUCUAUUGGGGGUUCUGAGAGGGUCCGCUGUUUGAGGACACAAAAGAUAAUGCUGAUCAUGUUUGCUUUCUUUCCCUUGUUUCUUUGAUCGUUAAUUUUUGGAUGUCCCUCUGCCCCAUUUUAUUCGGUAUCAGUUUGUUCUUGUUUUGAUCCAGUACAGUCCUUACUUUGUCUAUUAGUUCUUGCAUCGUGCAAUUGCGAAAUUAGUUAUGUAUCACAGUCAUUACCAUGUUCAUUAGCUUAAAUAUUGUGC